UAAUACAAAUCUAGUACACACAGUAGAAUCAGUUCAUUUUGCAAAAAGCCAAAGGAGGAGAAUCGAUGGCGCCUCCCACCAUCGGGGUCAGUACUACCAUUCGCGUGAGUCGCCUGACCCACGAAAUCAUUAGUCUAUCCUCAGUAUCAAAACCAUGGACGAUAAAGAGGUCUCUAUUCUCCAUGAUCUGAACUUUUUGUAUAUGCCGAUUGCCGAUUCGAAGGCCCUCGGGACUUGGCAAUAGCCAACGACAUACACCUAUUGUCAAAGUGUCAAAAUGUUCUCAACGCAAUUCAAUAGAAAAAAAAAAUCAAUUGUGGAACUCAUGAAGAUGUGAAUUCUCGCCCAUCAACGCCUCAGUGAAAGUGACAAGGUGCAUUGAAAUACCAGGGAAAUGGCCCCAACAAGGGACAAAUGGGUCAGACGUUUUGUCAUAACUGAAACGAGUCGUCAUAAGCGAGGUUUUACUAUUUACAAAGUCACAUCGUUGGUGUUUUUGAAAUCUUCUCCAGACCUAGCAUCGAAAGUCUCCGUCUGGAAGCGUUACAACGACUUCAAGAAGCUUCACAAGACCCUCAGCAGCCUCCACCAGCGCCUCCCUAUCAAAGAAGCCUUCCCCCCCUUCCCAAAGGGCAAAUUUUUCUCUCGUUUCGAGCUUGAAGUCAUAAAAGAGCGUCGAGAUUCGGCGAUUAAGCUGCUGGACUUCAUCGGGAGACAUCAUGCCCUCGCCAGUCAUGAGAUGUUUGUCAAAUUCUUCGAAACUUCUCUCCAACCAGACACCUCCACCGAUCUCAACGAAUCCAUUGGUUCGGACACCUCCGAGGAGAGUCAGGUGGCCUCAGCACCCUCUCGAGCUAUUUCCUGCACUCCCCUUAUCCCCCAAACGGUUCCCGCCCUCGAAAAAUCUCCAAAACCUUCAGAAUUUCAACGAUCAAAGUCCGAAGAACAUAAAAAAACCGAGCAACUCUUAACACCAAUUGAUUCAUCACAAUCAGACAAUUACGGACAAUAUGUUUUGGUAGCAGCAGCUCAUAUGAGCGCAGGAUAUCGUCAUGAGUCGAUUAAUGAACACGAGGAAGCCUUCAUGCAAUACAAAUUAGGAAUAACAAACCUUCUUCAUGGAGUCCAGGUGGAUCCAGAUCCCAUUCGUCGGAUUAAAAUUCAUGAGAAGAUUACAAAAUACUCGGAGAGGGCGGAGACACUCUACAACAGGUUUCUGAACAGCAAUAUUUCCUUGUUGAGCAGACCCACUGAAGAACUGAAGAAUUAUAAAGUGAUUAAAGUACUUAAUUCAGUUAUGCUGGUGAGAGACACCAGGACGAAUGUCGAGAGAAUUAUAAAGACUGUCGAGAGGGUGUCUGGUGAACACGAAGACAUUGGUGAUUUUAUUCUGAGGGGGAAUAUUCCUUUUGUGGUGAAACUUCAUGGAUUCGUCCAGACCGAAACGACUGUUUUUCUCAUCCUGGGAUAUGUGAGGAGGGGAAGGCUGUGGGAAAAUAUCAUGAAGAGAUAUGGAGUGGAGAAUACGGAGAUCGUGAGAUCUAAAAGCCAUGAUGCAGUAUUUCAGGAAGAAACCCCUUCAUUACCCGAUGAAAGAUUAUUUCGGGCAGUCGAAGAAAGGGACAGCCCCGUUGCCAAUAUCGAUCCCGAGGAGAGCCUCAGGAGACUAGAAGAGGAAUUUGGAGCAAAUUCUAUUUAUAACAAAAACUUGCCUACGAUUAAAUUAUUAGAGAAGGCCCAGGAGUUACUCAAGUCUGUGGAUGACACCAUCAAAAAGAGUAAUUCAAUAGCAGAAAGAUUGAACUCACGACAUCUGGUGAAUCCGUCAUCUUCAGGGGGUGCUAGUCCUAGAGACAAAAGUCUCAUAUUGAGAAAAUUGAAGAAUGAUAAUGGAUCUGAAUCGGAGUUAUCUAGCACUGAUAGCUCAUCUGGAAGUUUCGAAAAAAUCGAUAUAUCUGAGGUCUCAAACGAUCCUGACUAUGAGGAGAGCGUGAGGACGAGGAUUUAUUCACGGGGGCCUGAGACUAGCGAGGACAGCGGUGUGGAGAUGGAGCAGGAGCUGUGGAAAAUCCCAGAGAACGUCGUGAGACUCUGGACUGCACAGAUAAUCGUCGCUCUAGAUUUUUUUCACCGGCAGAAUGUCAUUGUUAAAGGACUGAUGCCCCAGAAUUUGCUUAUUGAUGAUGAUGAUAAUGUUGUUGUGGGUUACAUGGUGCCGAUAAAGACUGAACGAUUCUCGGUGCAAUUCAAAAUACCGUACACAGCCCCAGAGUUGUGCAGCUAUUUGCCAGAUACAGAAGUCAGUGGGGCUGCUGAUGUCUGGAGUCUUGGAGUAAUUCUUUAUGAAUUGUUGACUGGGAUGGAAUUUCAGACGAGACAUCCCGGACCAUAUUAUUCGCAUUCCAUUCUCAGUAUUCCUAGUGAUCUGUCAGACAAUGCAAAAUCAUUGUUGAAAAGUAUUUUAAUUUUUGAGCCAUCGGAACGCCUGACCAUUGAUGAAAUCAAGCACCAUCCAUUCUACAGUAAAAUUGAAUGGGACGCCAUAGGUCAUUCCAAUGUGAGAUCAAUAAAUAUAAAAACAGAAGUAUGAAAAGUAACAGUCAUCAUGACAAUAUUGUAGACAGUAAGGAAAAGCACGUCAGCUUAGAUGAAUCUUCUUAUCUUACAUUUCAACUAGUCUGAAACGCUUUAUUUGUGAAAAACUAGGACAUUAUUGUUUUUAUUACGAGCUAUUCUUGUUAUAAAUUUUGUUUUGUUUUCGUUACAUCUAAAAUUAAUUAUAAUAAUUAUACCAAAAAUUUUAUUUGUUCAAUUAUAAUUAUCUCACCGAACUCGUUUGGAAGAAUAAAAUAGAUCGAUAACAGAA